CAGACUCGCUUUUCUGUCCGUCUCACAGUUCCGUCCCUGGCUGCGGCGGUGCCCUGCUGACCGUGGGCACGAGGCGGCUACUCUCCCACUGUCAGGGCACUGACCCUCUCUCUCUCUCUCUCUCUCUCUCUCUCUCUCUCUCUCUCUCUCUCUGUGUCUCUGUGUCUCUCUCUCUCCCCGCUCUCUCCCGCUCCCUCUCCCUCUGACUGCCGCUCAACAUCCUAAUGCUCUUCUGCACAAGAUGGCGGAGCCGAGCAUGGAGAAGGACGCAAUAAAUACUGAAGAUGACCAUCUUAACAAUUCAUUAGGAGACCCUGGCUUGAUCUCCCCUGACAAAGAGGAUAUCUCACGGAUUCUGACGGUUCCGUUCAAAGGACGGAUCAGAGGUGGGAUGAGGCCAGGGAAGAAGAUCAUCAUCAUGGGCAUUGUGGAUCCAGAGCCAGACAGUUUUGAUGUCAGUCUGACCUGUAGCUGCAGUACAGAGAAGGAUGAAGAAGACUUCACAGAUGUGGCCCUGAAACUUAGUGCCAGAUUUGCUGAACGGCAGUUCCUGCGGAAUGCGAGGAUCUCUGGGAAGUGGAGUGACGAAGAGGCUGCGAUUCCAUAUUUCCCUUUCAUCCAAGACCAGCCGUUUAGGAUUGAGAUCCAUUGUGAACACCAGCGUUUUCGGAUCUUUGUGGAUGGACAUCAGCUGUUUGACUUUUAUCACAAAGUAAAGUCUUUGUUGGCCAUUGAUAUGAUCAGGAUAGAUGGGAGUCUACAGAUCACCAAGCUAGGCUAAAUCCCAGCACUCAUGAGCAUGCUCCAGAGAGAACUUCUGAAAGGGGACCAAGACCACCUGUGUGUCGCAAGGCAGUGACAGUGAAGGCCUCUGGGCUUGUGCUCCCAUAAAGACAUCAUCACAGCCUAUAUUUCCUCACUCUGUUCUUUCUUUUUCCUUAUCCCCUUCUUCCAACUACACAUCUUUGAAGGUUGAAAUGUAACAGGUGAAUGGUUGCAAUGUCAGCUGUGUGUCUUUUUGAAUGUUUCUGAAAUCACAACUGUAGCUUCUUCUGUUUUUGUGUAGAUUAUUUUUCAGGGACCAUGUGUAAUUGUAUGCACUCUGUGGUACGACACUGCGCCAGGGGAAUCUUGCUGCUCCAAAAAAGGUACUGCCUAUUCAUAGUUCUGCGCAGUGCUGGUGAAAACUUUCAGGGACUCAGGAAAUCAAAUAUGGUAUGUGUGUUUAAAAAUAUAAAGCAAAAUGAAUAAACAGGAGGACUGGAAUUGCUCAUGGCAAGUAGUCUCAAAAUUCUCUGGAUUGCUAUAGUCAUAGAUCGCUCUAAGUAUUUGUUAUUCCAACCAGAUUUGGUAUGUUGCUUGUGUCUGUGAUUUAUUUCAGCUUAAUGACCUAAAUAAGAGGCAGUGGGGAUUAUUUGUUGAGCUCUACAUUGCAUAGAAUCAUCCAUGAUUGACGUUAUGUAAAUACCUUAGCUACACUGGGCAACUGCUGUUCAUUGCAACCAUUCUUUUUUUGUGGGGAUAAAUAUCUUGCACUGACUUAGUGUAGAAUGUAGUACAUACAGAUUUUUGUUUUUAUUUGAGUUGGGUGUUUAAAUACCAGAAAUUAAGAACUGGUUUAUGAUGUUUGCAAGAUUUUACAAGCCAUUGAAAACAAUAACAAGCAAUGUAUAACAACCUAUCUAAGAAUUAAAAAAAAUUAAUACAAGGUACAAGAUUACAAAGUGUACAAAGCCCUUGUUUUUUUUUUGUUUUGUUGCAAUUUUAUGGUAGUCAAAUAGCUGUUUUGCUUGUUUUUUUUUUCAUAGGAAAAAAAUCGAGUUUGCAAAAUGUACACUUACAAAAAAACUCACCUCCUGAUGUUUACAUUCUCUGUUGUUUCCGCUUAGUGGAAAUUAUGUUUGAAGUAAAAUAGGGCUGAAUCAUUUCUUGAAUGUAAUGUUAUGAACUCGAUAGCAAAUAGGGAAGAAGAAGCAAGCUUAGCCAUAAAGUACCUUAAUUAAUAGCACUAAUCCAUAUUAUUUAUAUUAUAAAACUUAACCUUUGUAUCACUGCUUACAGAGCUACAUCUUGGAUUACAAUGCCAAGGGGUGGCCUGUGUUCAAUAGCUGUGUCUUUCUCUCUGCUUUGUUAUAUUCAUGAUAUCUUUGAUAUCUUACUACUCUUCCCAGAACUUUACGCACCCUGUGGGUUUUUCCCCCCAGAUGGAAGGGCAUAUGUUCCCAUAAGUGUUUUUUUAUCUCCUCUGCUUCUGCUAACAUAUAGAAGAUUAUGCAUUGUUUGUAAGCUAUUACUACUUAUCUACCAUAACCCAAGGCACAGACUGAGUCUCAUGUCUUAAACAAAAGUACAGUAUUCAUGUCAUAUAAGGGAUGUCUCUGAUGUUCUUCAUCGAUAAGUAUUUUAUCGGGACACUGCUAUAUCUUAUCUUUUAAGUGUCUAAAGGGAUGGGACAUGCUUCCUGUAACCAGAGUAAAGACUAAGAUCAUUAAGCUCUAAGUUUUUUAUACUCUGCUGAUAGUCACUAAAUGCUAAAUGACCUUAUCAGAGCACAGAAUGAGACUCAGAGCUAAUGCCAUACCAGUCAUUAUCCAGCUGCACUCAGAUCGAUUGUAUUCACAUGAAAUUUAUGGUUUAUGAUGUAUUGAUUUAUUUGAUUAAUGGUUUAUUUGCAGGCUUUGCUCUGCAGGUGCUUAAAUCUACACUUUAACCUAAAUAGUCAUGUAGCAAUUGUCUAGUUUGUGCCAUAAAUUGGUGUUCUGACAUUGCUUUGUCAUCUUAAGCAAAGUAUUUUGCAGCGGUACCAGUAAUUUAGCAAUACAAGAAUCUGGCCAAUGUAUUGGCCACACUUCUGUUUCUUUCUUUCUUUUAUCAGCAGUUUAAAUAUCGGUCUUCCAGAAGCAAAUGGAUUCUGAUGUGAGGUAUGAAUAAAGGCCGAGGUCAAUGAGGGAUAGAGAUGCAGUCUCCUAUUGGUCAUUUUUAUUUAUUUUUAUCUUUCUUUCUACCAAUCUUACAAUGACUAAAGUUGUUCGACAUAGUUACCACAUAGGAGUGUGCUAAGGUGUAGCAGAAUCCCAGUGCUUACUGCGUCCUCUGCAAUUAUGAUCAGUUAUGAUUCUCAUCGCUGGAAGUUAGAAGUGAAUGAGGUUUGUUGUGUAACCACCGAAAGAAAGCAAUUAGAAAGUGAAAUUAUGGGCCCAUUUUAGAUAGAAAAAUACUAUAACUGGCUGCUGUCUGUUUUCAGAAUGAUAUACACUUCUAUCUUAAAGCCACUCCUCUGUUAAAUUAAUACAGUACAUUUGUUACAUUUUUCAUCAAUUAAUUUAAUGCUGGAGAUCCUACCAAAAUUACUAAAAUUAUGAAAGUGAUUUAAAAAAAAUAUGUGGAAUGACUGAAAAAGGUCAGUAGUUAGGAAAUAAUUUUUUUUUCGUUAUUAUUUUUUUUAUUUAUGAGAAUAUCACAUUUAUGGAUCAUCACCAUGCACCUGAACUGUAUUGAGGUUUAAUUGUUCAUGUGGCAUAUUGCUUUUAUGCAUUCCAUCUGGUGUUGUUUGACUGUUCAGAAAUUAUGCUAAGUGUUUGAACCAGCACAUUGCUCUUGGUACCGUUAAUAGUGUAUGGCUGCUGUGUGAGGCCAACUGAAGGACACUGUGCCCUGGAGGACGGGGAGGGACUGAGCUGACCUGUAUCUCAUGCACAGCUUAGUGAAGAGUAUGAGAGUCGAAUAAAGAGAAUCAGUUUUUAGACAAGUUAAGUCAAGUCAGCUUUUAUUGUCAAUACUACAGUAUGUACAGGACAUACAGAGUAUUGAAACUACAUUACUCUCAGACCCCAUGGUGUAGCAAUAACAUUAAAUAGACGGUAAACAGGAAAAGUGUGUAUUUAAAUAGACACUUGAAAUAGAUUGACAGCUCAGUAAAAUUGUACAAAAAAGGCAGCUCUUUUGUACAAUGACAGCCAUCACUCAGAACUCACUGAUCCCUUCAUCUCUUAGUUUCCCUUAUUUACCUUCAAAAUUACACAGUAAUUUUGGAUUCACUGUUUUGCUUAAGUGCAUGGGCCGUUCUCUGCUCCUCAUGAUCCAGAUUGUCCUCUAGGGUCUACAGAUGUUUAGUCAGUGCAUAGUUUUUUGACUGUAGCAUAAAAUUCUCUGAACAGAUUCGAAUGGAUUUGACCUGAAUGCCGUUGUCCCUGAUUGUAGACUAUUGUGUUCAUGACUUUGGAUGUACAUAAUACUGAACAGGGUAAGAGUGAGUUCAUUUUCUAUUUAAUGUUGUUGAGAGUGAGUUGACAGUGUGUGAGAUAUUUAAUCCAAGUGUUAUUAGCUUAAGUCAUCAUGCUUCUAGUUGCAUAACUUCCUUUUAAAUUACAUAGCAUGGUAAUUAUGACAUUUUUCUAGCAGAUGUUUUGUAGUUUGCCAUUUUGCUACUGUGAUGAGGAAGAGCCCAAUGUGUUGAUUAUUUGAUUUUGGGUUUAUUUCACAUGUAUUUACACAGUGGCCUAUUAUGUAGAGCUAGAUUGUGCUGUCAGACAUGUUAAGUGUGGUUGUACAAUCAAUUUGGAAAGUUAAUUGAAUGCCUGAGGUGUAAACAUUGGCUCUGUGUGUUCCUACAGCUACAGUUUUAUUUAAAGAUGUGCCUAUGGAAUAACAGCUUUGGUGUUUGGGAUCCAAAAUUUUAACUCUUACCAAAUUAUAUCACCAAUUGGCUUAGAGUUUCUUAAGCACUUUCCAAGCAAUGCUUAGGAUGUGUAAGAAAUGAUACUGAACUUCUGUAAUGUAAAAGCACUUUUUAUAAUGUAUGCGUUGACUAAGUGCAGCCAUUGUAAAAUAUCAAAUAAAAAUCACACACAUUUCCUGA